AACGAAGAAAUGAAGAUAAUGCAGGAAGAAAUAUUUGGUCCUGUUGUAUCUGUCUCAAAAUUCAAAACUACUGAGGAAGUUAUCAAAAAGGCUCACCUAACCAAAUAUGGAUUAGCUGCUGCGGUAUUCACUAAAGAUAUCACUCGUGCAAUAAAAAUCUCAAACAUGUUGAAAGCUGGCACAGUAUGGG